GCUAUUCCUGGUUCCCCUCCCCCAGUAAGGCAGUACCAGCAGCAGUCUCUGAAAUCCUAUCAGGUAUUUUCUUAGACACACCUAAGCAAGACAGGAGGGAAACAACUCACACUGCCACGGAACCUUCAGACUUCUCCCCGAUCUUCUCCGUCCCAAGGUAAAAUACAGGUUGUCAUUGCAUAAUGGACUGGAAGACAUUUCAGGGUAUCCUGAGUGGCGUGAAUAAAUACUCAACAGCAUUUGGUCGCAUCUGGUUAUCGGUGGUCUUUGUGUUCCGAGUACUUGUGUAUGUGGUCGCAGCAGAGAAAGUUUGGGGCGAUGAACAAAAAGAUUUUGAUUGCAAUACUCGGCAGCCAGGGUGCACCAAUGUUUGCUAUGACCACUACUUUCCCAUCUCACAUAUCAGGCUCUGGGCCCUCCAGCUUAUCUUUGUUACUUGCCCAUCUCUUUUGGUUAUAAUGCAUGUAGCCUAUAGAGACGAACGGGAGAAAAAGAACCGUCUAAAGAAUGGAGAAAACUGUUCCAAGCUAUACUCCAACACAGGAAAAAAGCAUGGUGGUCUGUGGUGGACCUACCUCUUGAGCCUAUUCUUUAAGACUGGUAUUGAAAUUGGUUUCCUUUACAUAUUGCAUAAAAUGUGGGAUAGCUUUGAUCUGCCACGUCUUGUAAAAUGUACAAAUAUUGAACCCUGCCCUAAUAUAGUAGACUGUUACAUAGCCCGUCCGACAGAGAAAAGGGUGUUCACCUAUUUUAUGGUUGCAGCUUCUGCUUUUUGCAUCAUCCUCAACAUCUGCGAAAUAUUCUACCUUAUAUUUAAAAGGACACUGAAUUGCAUGAACAAAUACAAGAAGUCUAGCAAACACUCUGUGACCUACAGCAAAGCUUCCACCUGCCAGUGCCACAUUCAUCUGGACACCAUUGAAAAGAAACACAUGAUGAACAAGACACUGGAGUCUAUACGGGCAUCUGCACCCAAUCUGACAACAAUAUAAUCCAGUAAGCGUUGGAUGAAUUAUUAUAAGCACCUUUUUGUAUUAUAAAAAUAUGAUGGAUUAUUUUUUAAUUAAUCUGGUUCUUCCAGAGCUCAAUAGAAAGAAUGAGAGAGACAUUUAUUUUUGUAUCAAAAAAGACAUUAUUUUCACAAGGCUGCCACUGCCCAAUUCUUUUUUUAAUUUCCAGAGACUUUUACGUGGGAUCUUGUACUAUGCUGCAAUCUGCCUUAUGAAUGUAAAUUAUCCUGACGCAAUCAUACCUGGAUUACUCUUGUAAAAAUCCAUUGUUCUGCAUUUCAAAUACUGACUCUUGUUUACUGAUAGCAGUCUAUUGAGACUCAAAGUUAAUGGUCUAUACUGCCGCCAUACAAAAGUUUGGGUUAUAUUGCAUAUUAUUAUUGUAUUUUCCAUACAUCAGCCUGUGACACAUAGCACUUGUGGAACCUAACACCUAGGAUUGGUGUUUUAUAAAGAAAAAAUAACAAAUAUACGAUAUACCAGGUUCUUAAAAAGGAAAAAAAAAACAACACAAAUACCUGUACAUAUGUUGUAGAUAAAGAAAUACAAAACUGUUGUCUGUGUAUAAUGCCAAUGCUUUGUAAUCAAGACCUCGGAAGCAUGAUCAUGGACAGACAUCAAUUUAUUUGUCUGCAGCACAUCACUGGGAUCAAAUUAAAGAACUUCAUCUGCUAUGAACUACAACUUCUGGUAUCUUUUAACAUCCAAUGGAUACUGGAAGUUUGCAGCAAAGCAGAAUUCCUGGUUAAACUGGCACUAGUCAGUUGUCACAAAAGUUACAUGAAUUGAAGAAAUGUGGCACCAUUAUGCACAGUAUCAGUUAUGCAGAGUAUGAUAGUGUCACAUAAUAACAGCUGCAAAUUUAACUCUAAAUAGAAAGGACUUUUUGAAUUGUAACUUUAUCACUGCCAGUUGGAUCUGCUUUGCAUACAGGGUAAAGGGGGUUUAUGGUGCUCAAAAACACCUUUCACUUACAAACAGUGUAUUUAUUAUUUAUAGAAGCAUAUUUUAUUAAAGUUUUUUUUACAAGG